AUGGCCUGUCACAACCGCUGCAGUCCCUGCGGACCCACCCCGCUGGCCAACAGCUGCAACGAGCCCUGUGCCCUGCAAUGCCAGGAUUCCCGCGUCAUCAUCAACCCUUCCCCUGUGCUGGUCACCCUGCCAGGACCCAUCAUGACCUCCUUCCCCCAGAACACCGCCGUCGGAUCCACCUCCUCCGCUGCUCUGGGCACUGAACUCAAUGCCCAGGGACAGCCCAUCUCUGGUGGAUUUGGCUUUGGUGGCUUUGGCUACGGCCUGGGAGGCCUGGGCUGCUAUGGCAGGAGGGGCGGCUACAUCUGCUAA